AUGUCCUCUUUCUCGUUGAUGAACACAAGCUACUCCCCGUCCGAAUCAUCACGAGCUAUGUCUCCAGAAGUUGUAUCGCCGGCACAUCCAGAACGUCCCAUCAGACCUCUGCCCAAAAGAAGUCUCCGUGAACGUCUCUCUCCUAAUGUCGCCGAAUCGAUCAAAUACCCGCCCGCACCUAAAACUCAAACUCCCUUAUUCUACUAUCCAUAUACUGUCCGAGACGAGGUUGCGGCAAGCACCAUGGUAGAGGCUUCACAUCCAAGUGAACGCCCGCAGGUAGAUAAUGUCGAUCAAAAUUACAUCCCGCGGCGGAAUGGAGAAGAUCCAGAAAGUGAAGAGGAGGAGGUUUUUCGUUCUACGCGACUCUACCCAAGACAGUCAGUUGAUAACUCUGGUCGUUCCUACCGCUAUGUCCAAAAGCCCGACUCCAAACAUCCAAAUCCUCACCCUCCAGGCUCAACUGCUUCUUCUGCAGAUGGUUAUGACUCAUUCGAGAAUACAAAUAAUAAGAAGAAACGCAAGAUUCCUACACCCGGAGACUCAAAUAUCAAUGGAGUUCAUCUCUCCAACGAUUUAGCAGGAAUGGGAAUAUCUGGUCAAGAUGAGGAGGAUGUCAAUGGUGCAGGAUACUAUCAUGCCGGUGGCUCGGUAUCUCAAGGUUUGUCGGGUCCCGGAAGAGGUAGAUAUGGCCGAAAUCGCAAUGGUAGAAGUCCCUUGAGAACUUUAUCCGACGUUUCGGGUAACUGGGGCAAUGGCCGCAAUUCAAAACAACGACAACCCCAGUGGCCCACACCUAACGAAAAUGCAGGGAUCAUCUCAACUGCAAUUGCAAACGCCGAGAAAGAACCUCCCAUAACUCCAUCGAGGGGUCAAGAGAAUAUUAGUUUGUUGCAACAACAGGCAUCGAAGAAACCGACCCCCACUUCUACUCAAUUCACUUUUACUUUUGAUUCUCAAGUACCGGCACCAGGACCUUGGCCUGGAUCAACAAAUACAAAUAUGCAUCAAAGUCCUGCUGCGAGGUCAAUGAUGACACAUGGAACACAGAUGGGCUCGAACAUGCAGACAAAAUCCCAACAAUCGGCGCAUGCGCAGAAGCAAAGUGUGCCUCAAACGGCACCCCCAAAAAGAACCCGUCGUCGAGCGAGCAAAGAGUACCAAAUCGCCGCUCGCCAACGUCGUCAACAACAAGAAUAUCAGAACAUAACUCAUCCUCCUAAUCCUGAAGAUAUUUGGAUUUGCGAGUUUUGCGAAUAUGAGAGUAUCUUUGGCGAAUUACCCAUGGCAUUGAUUAGGCAGUAUGAAAGAAAGGACAGGCGUAUUAGGAAGCAGGAAGCAGAAAGGAAAAGAUUACUGGAGAAGGCAAAGACGAAAGGACGGAAAGGAAAAAAGGGUAGCAAGGCUGCAGCAAAGUCAAUUCCCCAGGAUCGCCAAAAUCAACAUCAAAACUCUCAGCAAGGUAAUCCAGCAGAUCAAAACCACAGUCAAGGAACUCAAAGUGAAGAUUAUCCAGACGAUGAGUAUGAUCAUGAGUACGCCCAAGAUCAACCCGCCUCUCCCACGACCUCUUCAUCUUUUCGUCCAACUGAGGUCUUACAGACUGAUCAAGGCAGGCGCAUCGAUGGAAAUCCCGGAAGAAGUAGUGAUGGUCGAAUUGUGACCUGA